UAGAAAAAGAAAAACAUUAGACGUACCUUAUGAAUGGGCAUGUAAUGAUCAGAAAGUGAGAGUAAUUGGGUCCUCGUAGGCUACCCCACCACCAUCUCCAUCUAUGCCAUAAAACUCAUACUCUUCUCUUCUCCUUUUUUAUCGUCACGCCGUUUUCCAUUACUCUCUUUCUCAACAAAAGACACUCACACACCAACCACUCCCACUCUCCAAAUUCAAUUCCCCGUUCCCUCCCAAUUCCCAAACCCUAGCACCAUGGAUUCCCGCGACUCCUCCCCCCGCUCCCGCGACCCCGACGCCGACAACCACCACCACCACUCCUUCGACGAGCCCCCGCCAUCCCUCCAUUCCAAGGUCAAGCUCAUGUGCAGCUACGGCGGCCGAAUCCAGCCUCGCCCCCACGACAACCACCUUACCUACGUCGCCGGCGACACCAAGAUCCUCGCCGUAGACCGCCACAUCAAGCUCCCCGCCCUCCUCACCAAACUCUCCUCCCUCGCCAACGCCCCCGCCAAUGAUACCUUCUUCAAGUACCAGCUCCCCGGCGAGGACCUCGACGCUCUAAUCUCCGUCACCAACGACGAAGACCUCCACCACAUGAUGCUCGAGUACGAUCGCCUCUGCCGCACCUCGCCCAGACCCGCACGCCUCCGCCUCUUUCUGUUCUCGCUCCACAACAAUAAUAGCAACAACAGCAACAUCAAUUUCGCACUCACCGAUCCCAAACCCGAGCGGCAGUGGUUCGUCGACGCUCUGAAUUCCGUUCAGGUUCCGCUUGUCGAAGGUUCUUCGCCGCCGCAUACGGCAGCGCCAAAUCCAGAUUUUCUCUUCGGAUUGGAUAAGCAGCCGUCGGCGGCUGCCAAUGCUCCUACGAAGAAUCCUUCGCCGGAAACGGAAUGCAUCUCCGAGGAUCGUCCAGCGUUCAGAGAUGCCGAAACCGAAACGGAACGCGCGCCCGAGUCCGAGAUUCGGAGGUUGCAGAUUGGUCACAAUACUGAGCAGCAACUCCUGCAACGGAAGAUGAAAAUAGAGGAAGAUAAUAACGGUAGGGUUAACGGGGUUAACGGCGCGGACGGUUUCUCUCAAAAGAAGACGGAGAAUGUGACGCCGUUAGUUACGCAAGGACAAAUGCAGGCGCAAGGUUUUCAUUCUGGAACGGUGUCGUUUUUGCAGGAGAGGAAUAAUAUGGGCUAUUCGCUGGCGGUUCCUUCGACCGGGAGUGAGAUUUAUCUCAUUCAGACGCCUUCUGGAAUCUUCCAAGCGGUUCGGCCCGUGACAGGACCGGUUGGGCAACCGGUUUAUCUGGUUCCGGCGCCUAGUUCAGUUGGCGUGGCGGCGGAGCGUGGAUAUUCUGCGGGACAGGGAGGAGCGCGGUGGUGAUGGGGGUGGAGCUGAGCGGAGAGAGAGGAUGGGUUUAAAGGUGGUUUGAUUUGUUGGUUUUGUCGCAUAAUGAGCGGUGGUUUUGGUUUCUCAAUAUUUUUUAGUUGUUUUGAAGAUUGAAUAUUGAAUAUUUGGUUUGGAAUUUGGAAAUUGUUUCUUGUGCAUAGGUGCGUUAUAGUUGAAGGAAUUGAGGAAUUGUUUUUGAGAGUGUAACUACUUUCAAAUCAGUAUAUUGCUUUUGGUGUCAUAAGUGAUUGAUUGACUAAUUGUCUCCCUUAUUCCUGCACUCUUGUUCU